AGAAUACAAGAAAUCAGAUAUGAUGUUUAGCCUGAGAAAUCAGGAAACAGCCCGGGAAACAACACCAGGGCGGCCACAAACUCCAAAUACACUAGCCAGUUACAUAUUGAUCGGAGACUGAAAACUGAAAACCAGAAUGCGGUCACAAACUCCAAAUACAGAGAACUUUCGUGGCAAGUAAGCAUAAUUAUCAAUUAGCUAGAAAGGGAGAAGUAGGUGAUCAGUUGAUUCAAGCUUUGACCUAUGAAAUUAAGCAGAUGAAUAUGAAAACUCAGAAACUCUGAGAUCGUUGAUUCCCUCACCGGUCUUUUUCUCUUUGCAAUUGCAAAGGGAACCAGUCUUAUGUAGGAUCGUGCAGGCCACCUUCUCAGUUGUCACGCGCAUGCACGUGACCCCCACGCAAUAACAAAAACCCUAAUUCCCAAGACCGACACAUACCACCUUAAUUCCCCCAUCAUUUCCAUCUCACCUAUUCUCUCACUCAGAGAAACACACAUAAGCCUUGAACUUCAGGUCCUUCCUUUAACAAAAGCACACACCCGGCCACCUCCUUAAGUUAACCCUAAAACCAGAACCUUUGUUUUUCCUGAUCUCUCUCUUACACUACACUCUUUAUUAGUUGCUCACAAAAAGAGUGCUUUCUUCCUUGUAUGUCUGUAGUUCCUUCUUCUUCGAGCUAGCUCCUAACUAGAGUAUAAUUAAGAACAUGUCGAAUCCGUGGUGGGCUGGUCAGGUGGGUUUAACCGGAGGACUGAAACACGAAGGCUCAGCUGGCAGUAGCUCUCCGAUGACGUUAAUGAAACCAGAUCUGGGAAUCUCCAUGAACAACAGCUCCACCAGCCACCUCCUGGGUGGUGGGGGUGGAUCAGGAUCAGCCGGGGACGAAGAUGAUGACAGGGACAACGUCAGCGGCGACGACCCCAAGGAGGGGGCCAUCGAAGUCUCAGGCAGCAACAGGCGCCCGAGAGGGCGCCCUCCGGGGUCUAAAAACAAGCCGAAACCUCCCAUCUUUGUCACAAGGGACAGCCCCAACGCCCUCCGGAGCCACGUCAUGGAGAUCGCCAACGGCGCCGACAUAGCUGAGAGCGUGGCGCAGUUCGCUAGGGCGAGGCAGAGAGGCGUCUGUGUGAUGAGUGGAAGCGGAACCGUCACCAACGUCACGCUAAGGCAGCCUUCAGCUCCCGGAGCGGUCAUGGCCCUCCAUGGAAGGUUCGAGAUUCUUUCCCUGACCGGAGCGUUUCUUCCCGGGCCAGCACCGCCGGGGGCGACCGGAAUGACGAUAUACUUGGCCGGCGGGCAGGGGCAGGUCGUCGGAGGAAGCGUGGUGGGACCUCUUGUAGCUUCAGGACCGGUCAUGGUAAUAGCAGCCACUUUCUCUAAUGCUACUUAUGAAAGACUGCCCUUGGAUCAAGAGGAGGAUGAUCAGCCGCCUGCUCCGAAUUCGGGGCAGCCGGGUGGAGGUGGCUCAUCGCCACCCGGUAUUGGUGGAAGUUUGGGAGAUCCGAAUUCAUCUAUGCCGCCCGGGGUUUACAAUUUGCCACCAAGUUUGGUUCCCAACGGCGGAGGGCAGUUGAGCCAUGAAGCAUAUUCAAAUUGGGCUCAUGGUGGAGGUAGACCUCCAUUUUAAUCGAAUCAGCCAAAGAGUAAGAUGCUCUACUCUUUGAAAUCUUAACUUUGAGAUCGAGAUGAAGAAUUGAAGGGAAUUAAUUAGGUUGAGCUAGCGGUCUCUGCAUGUAUUUCUAGCUGUAUUCUGUGCUUGAACUUUAUUUAGAGGUAUUGAAGAAGAAGAUGAUCGUCAUCAUGAGAAGUACUAUGCUCUGUAUAUUUGCAAUAACGAUAUAUGCUAGAAGCUCUCACUUUGCAAUUCAUAAUCAUCAUCCUUGUCGAAAUUCUC